GAGUGACCUCCCCUCACAUCCCUCAUUUCAUCGUCCUGACGCCAACAAGCUAAGAAACCGCUGAGAAUCAAUCUCAUCUCACAAUGAGCGACAGUGAAGCUCGAUCUGACGAGGGGAAGAUCGCGGACUCCAUCUGGGGCCCAUGCGAAUCAGACCAGGUUGCUUCUGCCCGAGGAAGACGACUUGCUGGUUUCCUUACCUAUUGCACGCAGCAGCGACCCCCUCCCUGCGUCGGCCAACCGAGUGCUGUGGACCCUUCGAAAGAGAUAGUAGGCGCGAUACGAUUACUCAAAUCAAGUCCCUUGAUCCAGAAGGAUGUAUUGUUGAACCAAGAGUCCACUGAGAUGAGGAACGUGGCGUCAAUUGAGUCCGCGGUUCGCAUGAUGCUCGUGACGGAGUGCGAAUCCGAGGGCACUAUAGCCAUGGGAACCGGCAAUAUCUACCGGUGGGGUAGAAGUGAGACGCUGGUGGGCUACUUGGGCCGAGUGUACACCCAAUCUACUUCAAUAGACAUCCCGAAAGAUCCCAUCGACCACAAAAACCUCAGAUGCUACAUUCUGACCAGGGACGCUGGUAUAAAGAUACAGCAAACCGAGAAGCUAUCGGAUCACUUGUAUCUCAAUUAUGGCACCAGGACCAAGGUGCUUUCUGUCUUCUCUCACAAAGCAUUCCUUGAAUGUAGUCGAGAGACGCUGAAAGCAACUCGCCCGGAUCUCACACACACUGUAGAGGAAGCAUUAUCACUAGGUUGUCUACCGCCAAAGCUCAUCGAAGAGACACUACGGACUUAUAAUCUCUCUCUGCUGAUCGGAAGUGCCAGGUCUAGAAGAGGCUUACAAGACUGGGUCAAGCGCGAAAACUUGGACACAAGUCUCUUGACAGGCUCCACUGGCCUCUCUAAGAAGGACUCACCUCGGACCUUAUACGACUUGUACGAAGAUUUCCCAUACUGGACCUCACAGCUAGCUCGUCUUUUGGAAGAAGUCGAUGAACCGACACCUAGUACUAGGUGGGAGAUAUACGCAGAGCGGAGAAGUCUCACCGGCAUACGUACAAGUGCGCGAUCGCUGCGCUCGUGGUGGCCGCCAUCUCGGGGAUGCUGGCGACCUUAUUGGCGGCAGUCCAAGUGUGGAUAUCGUACUGUGACUGGGACAAGAACGCUGGCAAAGCUUUAUGUUGAUCAUGAGUCUAGUAUGUAAUGAGAUGUGACUUGCGGGUCUCAUGGAUUCUUCGAGAAUUGUCCUGGACGUAGUAAUUUGACAUACCUACUUUCGACAAGGUGCAUUGUAGAUGGGUACAUUAGGCUGGGCUGGGUCCAUGAAAGACAGGCUUCGAUAUCGCGGCUAUUUACUCACGGGCCCGGGACAUAUAACAUGCCCG